GAGCACCCGGGGAAGCAGCGCGGGUUUCGGACCUGCCCCCAUGGGCUGGCAGCGACCAAUGAGCGAGGCCACCGGCUACCCCGCUUCUCCGCAGGGUAUGAAAGGCGCAACCGGAGAGCAGUCGGUUUAAAGCCCCAGCUGCAGCCGAGCGGACUUAUCCUGCUUGGAGGGGUACGACCUUCAGAGAUCUCGCACAGCUCUCGGCUGCCGCAGGGCGAACCGAGCACGACAUGAGCCAGGCCACCUGGACCGGGAAGAGGACAAACAUGCUCCCCGAGAUCGCCGCCGCCGUCGGCUUCCUCUCCAGCCUCCUGAGGACCCGAGGCUGCGUGAGCGAGGAGAGACUGAAGGUGUUCAGCGGGGCUCUCCAGGAGGCACUAACAGAACACUACAAACACCACUGGUUUCCUGAGAAACCAUCCAAGGGCUCUGGUUACCGCUGUAUCCGCAUCAACCACAAGAUGGACCCCAUCAUCAGUAAGGUGGCCAGCCAGAUUGGACUCAGCCAGCCCCAACUUCACCAGCUGCUGCCCAGAGAGCUCACCCUGUGGGUGGACCCUUACGAGGUAUCCUACCGAAUAGGGGAGGAUGGCUCUAUCUGCGUCCUGUAUGAGGAGGCCCCAUUGGUCACUUCCUAUGGGCUUCUCACCUGCAAGAACCAAAUGAUGCUGGGCAGGAGCAGCCCCUCCAAGAACUAUGUGAUGGCCGUCUCCAGUUAGCUCCCCUGCCACCCUCGCCUGGCACUCUACUGUACUCAUCCUGCGGUGACAACAGGCCAAAUCAUACCUCAACCUGGGGAACUGUAUUUUAAAUGAAGAGCUAUUUAUAUAUAUUAUUUUUUUAAGAAAAAGGGAGAAAAAACACCUGAAGAUUUUUUUAAAGAAAAAAAAAUUCUUAAAGGGUGCUGCUUGGAAGCAGCCACCCCAGGUGCCUUUGGAGACAACUUUUGUGCACUUCAGUCUGGGAGCCAGUGUCUGCCUAUGGGAGUGGGGAGUGUUUAGAGGUGGGCCUGACCAAGGUGAGGUGAAGGAAGCUUGGCCAGCACCUCAGGAAGAUGUGAGAGGGAGCAAGCAAGGUUAACAGCUGGAAAUGAGAUAGAUCAAGAUCUGCCCUGGGAGGUAGGGGGAGGAUACUUCACAUCUGUCACUCUCCCAACCUGCAUCCCUGACCUCAGGAACAUUCAGGAACUUAACUCAUGCUGCCUAAUCUUCACUUUUGUUUUUCUGAUGAGAUCCUGGGCAGAGAGUGAUUCUUUCUGCAGCUUUUCUUAAAAUCAUCACUAAAUUCUAUCACCAGGGUUCUAUAGAUGUUUCUUCUCAGCCAGGAAUCUAAAGCUUAUUUUUUUGUGGGGGUCAGGGGAGUGAGUAAGGCAGGGGUUGCUUUGCAAUGUGCUGCUUUGUGUGUAACUGUGGUGAAUAAUUUGGGGGUGAUUUGCAAUGGGAUUUUAGGAUCCAAAGAGUAUCCACUGGGUUUUUUUCUU